AGGCAACCACCAUGGCUUGCGCACAAUAAAAAAAACAAAAAAAAUAAAAUAAUUAGAAGAAAGGCAAUGACUCAUUGAUUGGACAUCAAGAUGUUAUCAAGAAAUUAUCCAGUUGCUUAUUCAAUGAUUGACUUGGAGAGGCUGAUAAAAACAAGACAAGAUCCAGAAGUUAGUCUAGGACUUUUUCAAGGUGACAUUGCAAUGACUAAUGAGCAUUAUAAUUAUUGGCGUAUUGCUCUACGUUGGGAUAUAUUUCUAGAUAAAUUUUCUAUUCAAUCUGCCUAAUUUUUUAUAAAUAAAUAUUUAUUAUAAAAAAAUGAAAUUAAAAAAACAAGAUACAUGUAUAUUUUCUAUUGACAAAAAGUCUAACAACCGCCAAGACAAUCACAAUCUUUGACUUGAGCAAAAUAAAAGGAAAAAAAAAAAUUUACAAGAAAACAAUGGCUCAUAUAACAUUUGAUCGUGCAUCAAAGUCCCGGGACCUCAAUGAAGAAAUUCUAAAAACUUGAAUAAUAUAAAAAAAAUAGAAAAAUUAACCGGAUAUUGCACAAGUAAAAUUUUUCUUUCUAUAUAUACAUAUAUAUUUUUUUUAUAUUGCAAAAAUAAAAGGAAGAAGUAUUAAAAAAAAAAAAGAUCCUCGGGAUAUUGUUGAGUUAUAGGAGAAUGUAAUAAAUGAUCGGUUCCAUUCCAGAUAUACUCGUGUUCUAGAUUCCUUAAAUGAAUUGAAAAACUGUGUGGUCUGGCUUCUUCUCAUCAUUAUCAUCAAUUCAAUCCUUGUGCUAAGACAAACAAAUACACAGUAAAAAUAUUCAACCGCUAGGUAAAAAGAAAGGUACUUGUACAAAGCCACUUUCAUUGUUCACUCGUUCAUCAAAGCUAUAAGGUGAAAAAUACAAGUAAAUUUUUUUUGAAAACAAACAAAUCUUUAAAAUCAAUUCAUUCAUUCAUUUAAAAAUUAAAAUAACAUUUAAUUCAUCGAUAUUAUUACAUCACUGAAUUCAUAAGUUUUUUUUGAAAAAAAAAAAAGGAAAAUUCUUGUGUAAAGAUAUAAAUACAGUUGUCAAUUGUACGUUGAAUAAAAUGGACAAGUUAGUGAUGGUGAUGUUGAUUGGUUUAUCACACGUGCCAAAUUCAAUGUCAACAUGGGACAGAUGUGGUGGUCGUUUAGAAAGAGCACUUGAUUCAAUGCAGCGUGAUGUUACAAAACGUAAUAAUCGUCAUGAUGAUGAUGAGGCAGGUGUUGUUUAUCAAAGAUCAUUGUCAAAUGCACCAUUUAUUAUGACUGUUGCUAGAGUUGCAGUAAAGCUUCCUCAAGAAACAAAAUAUUCAACAACAUGGGCAAAAGUUGAAAAAUGUAAUUUUGAACCAACAAAUCAAUCAUUAAAAAGUAGAGUAAUGAUGAAUGAAUUAACUGUAUCUGGUUUAGUAUCACUUAUACCAAAAGAACGUAGAGUUCCAAUGAUUGGUGAAACAUGUCAUAUGACAUUACGUCUUAAACGUGCUGGUAUUGAUUUUACAACAACUCCAAUAUCACGUACACAUGGACAAAUGAGAAUAAGAACAGAAUCAAGUUUUUUAGAACCAAGAUUUGCAUCAAUAUAUGCAUAUGGAUGUCGUCCAGUUGGACGUAUUGAUCGACAAAUUAAAAGACAUGAUAAACCACCAUUAACACCAAUUAUUGAUUUACAUUAUGAUUCACCAGAACCACGUAAUGAUAAUACUAAUAAUAGUAAUAACAAUAACAAUACAAGUACAUAUUUAAAAGAAGAAGAUAUACAAAUUGCAAAUGAAAAUACAACAUCGGUAUUAUCACGUAAUAAUUUAUCUCUAAAUAAUAAAAAACAUCAAUGGAUAACAAAACUUUCAUUAUUACGUAGAAAAAAACGUUCAAAUACAAUGGAUUUUGAUGAUAUUGAUGAUAUUAAUGAAAGUAAACAUCAAUUAAUUGAUAAUGAUAGUGAUUUAUAUGAUUGGCAAUCACGUGAAAAUGUUGCACAUGAAAUGGAAGAUAUAUUUUUACAUGGUGCUAGUGAAGCAUUAACAAAAUAUGUUGAAAAACAACUUCAUCCAGCAAUUAAAGAAACACUUAUGAUAUCAAUGGGUUAUACAAUUAGUUAUGGAUAAAUUAUAUUUAAUAAAUAACUGGAUUUAUUCAUUGAUAAAAUUUAACUAGUGAUUAUAUAAUAUUACUGGUCUAGUCUAGACAUUAUCACAUAAU